AGGGGGCGCGGGGCGGCCCCGCCUUCCCCCCCGAGGAGGCGCCGGGCGGCCAUAUUGCCGAGCUGUCUGCGGCGGCGGCGGCGGCGCGUCUCUUCUCCGGCGGCUCAGGGCUCGCACCGCCGCCUCUCCGUUCGCUCGCUGCCAGCCGCGACGCCCCCGCCGAGCCGCGCCUCAGCCAGCCGACGGCGGGCAGGGAAGGAGCCGCUCAUUUUCGGGGCGAUAAUAGUUUAUAGAAGUGAAGAGUUCCUAAAGAAGGUAACAAACAAGAGAAGGAAAAUGCCGAAACCAAUCAAUGUACGAGUAACUACAAUGGAUGCUGAGCUAGAGUUUGCCAUUCAGCCCAAUACAACUGGCAAACAACUUUUUGACCAGGUUGUAAAAACAGUUGGUUUACGUGAGGUCUGGUUUUUCGGGCUGCAGUAUGUAGACAGCAAAGGAUAUUCUACGUGGCUUAAACUGAAUAAAAAGGUGACACAGCAAGAUGUUAAAAAAGAAAAUCCUUUACAGUUCAAGUUUAGAGCUAAAUUCUUUCCUGAAGAUGUGUCUGAGGAAUUGAUUCAAGAAAUAACACAGAGACUUUUCUUCUUGCAAGUUAAAGAAGCCAUCUUAAAUGAUGAGAUAUAUUGCCCACCAGAAACUGCAGUUCUUUUGGCUUCGUAUGCUGUCCAAGCCAAGUAUGGAGAUUAUAAUAAAGAGAUUCACAAACCAGGAUACCUGGCUAAUGACAGACUCCUACCACAGCGUGUUUUGGAACAACACAAACUGACCAAAGAGCAGUGGGAGGAGCGGAUACAGAACUGGCACGAAGAGCACAGAGGGAUGCUGAGGGAGGAUUCGAUGAUGGAGUACCUGAAGAUUGCUCAAGAUCUAGAAAUGUAUGGUGUCAACUAUUUUGAAAUCAAGAAUAAGAAAGGCACUGAAUUGUGGCUGGGUGUUGAUGCUUUGGGUCUGAAUAUUUAUGAACAUGAUGACAAGUUAACACCUAAAAUUGGUUUUCCCUGGAGUGAAAUCCGAAAUAUUUCAUUUAAUGACAAAAAAUUUGUUAUAAAGCCAAUUGACAAAAAGGCACCCGAUUUUGUUUUCUAUGCUCCUCGUCUGAGAAUCAAUAAGCGGAUUUUGGCCUUAUGUAUGGGAAACCAUGAACUCUACAUGAGAAGGAGAAAGCCUGAUACUAUUGAAGUACAACAGAUGAAGGCUCAGGCCCGGGAGGAAAAGCACCAGAAGCAGUUGGAAAGGGCACAAUUAGAGAAUGAAAAGAAGAAAAGAGAAAUAGCAGAAAAAGAAAAGGAAAGAAUAGAGCGUGAGAAGGAAGAGCUGAUGGAGCGUCUAAGGCAAAUUGAAGAGCAGACAAUGAAAGCCCAAAAAGAACUAGAAGAACAGACUCGGAAAGCUCUGGAACUGGAGCAGGAGCGCCAGCGAGCAAAAGAGGAGGCAGAGCGGCUAGAUAAGGAGCGACGGGCUGCGGAGGAGGCCAAGUCCGCCAUAGCCAAGCAAGCUGCUGACCAGAUGAAGAACCAGGAGCAGCUGGCAGCAGAACUUGCCGAAUUCACUGCCAAGAUUGCACUUUUAGAGGAAGCCAAGAAGAAAAAGGAAGAGGAAGCUACUGAGUGGCAACACAAAGCUUUUGCAGCUCAGGAAGACUUGGAAAAGACCAAAGAAGAGUUAAAAACGGUGAUGUCUGCGCCUCCUCCCCCUCCCCCUCCCCCAGUCAUUCCUCCCACAGAAAACGAGCAUGACGAGCAUGAUGAGAACAGUGCCGAGGCCAGUGCAGAGUUGUCCAACGAGGGGGUGAUGAACCACCGGAGCGAGGAGGAGCGGGUGACGGAGACCCAGAAAAACGAACGUGUGAAGAAGCAGCUCCAGGCAUUAAGUUCAGAGUUAGCCCAAGCCAGAGAUGAAACUAAGAAAACACAGAAUGAUGUUCUUCAUGCUGAGAAUGUCAAAGCAGGCCGUGAUAAGUACAAGACUCUCCGACAGAUUCGACAAGGCAAUACAAAGCAGCGCAUCGAUGAGUUUGAAGCAAUGUGGGGACCCAAACUGUAUGCACUGUUCCAGAUGCGCUCCUGCCAGAGCAGCAUAAAGCAUAUGUAACAGGAUGAAGCCUCCCUCCUCAUGAGCAGGAACCCCAGAUUAAAAUCGGCAGUAUGUUCUGUUCACCUCCCUCCUCGGUGCUUUUCACCUGUUAAUACCUGUGCUCCUCGGAGAGCCUCCUCUGAGGGAGGCUGACUCCAAGCCAUUGUUGUCAGAAGCAGAAAAAGAAAAAGUGUCUGUGUGACUCACCAGAGCAGCCAAGCUCAAAUGACAGAUUUUGAAUUAUCCCGAGAUGAAUUCAUGAAGGGAACAAGGGAGCUGGCAGUCACUGCAUCUUUGAGCCUGAAAUGUCAUCUAGCUGUCAGCCUUGGAAGGGCUGAGGCCUCUGCAAUCGAUUGUCACUGGAAAAGGACUUAGUUGUCCUUUAGGCCUUAGUUCUCUGGGGCUUCUCUCCAGAACUGUCAUCCUGCCUACCUGUGAAAUUCUGCUGGCAAGAACUUAGAAGUGACAUCCAAAGCCACAGACAGGAACUAGCUGGCUGGUUUGCUAAGUGGUGGAGCCCCCUAAAGUCUCAGGACCAGAUCAUAGCCAAAUGACUAAUCAGCUGGCACAGUGUGUGGAUCAUGGGCUUCCUGGUCUCAAAAUUCAGGCUUUGGUUUCUCUGCAAGGUUCUGGGCUAAUUUUUGCUUAAAAGGCCAGGAUCCGAUUUGACCUCAGGCUUCUCUGUGUGGGGGCCUGAGGUGUGUGCCAGCCACAUGGAGCUAGUGUCAGUAAGGGGAGCUCAUGCCUCAGGCUGUUCUCUUCUCAGCCUCUCCUUCUCCAUACCAGAAGUGUCUGUGACUGUGAUCCGAUGGGCAGUGUUUAGACUGCAGCUUUAGGUUCAGAACACGGUUCUGGGGUCAGAGUGUCCCCAAACCUGCUGUUGUGAUUUCUUUUGAAGCCCCAAACAAUUGCGGCUGUUCUGAGGUCAGAGAGCGGUCUGCACCUCCUGGCAUUUCCUCCACAGCAUUCCAUCCUCUGCACAGCCCUGGAACAUUCCCUGAGUGCUAAACACGAGUUUUCAGGGCCAUGCCCUUUGCAACCCAUCCUGGUAAUCUGUAUGUUGAAUUUUUUUCUCUGUCUCCUGACUUUCCCAUCAUCUGGCUGUACAGGUCCCUGGUGUCUGACCCAUGAUGAACUUUAGACUAAGGAUGUACUGAGACAGCCCUGUGUCUUGAAUGCAUACACCCCAAAACUCUGGUGUCUCCAGGACAACUGGAUGGACUAGUGCUCAUCAACCAGGGCACUUGCUGAUUCCUGCACCCCUCACCCCCACCCUCAUUUGCUCUUGGCUUUCUUCUACCUGUUAUUCUUCCCUAGACCUCUUCACUGUCUUUCCUAGGAACAGACCUCAGGAGCUGGACCAGGACUUGGGAUGUCUGCAGACCCUGCAGUCCUCAGCCAGCCAGCAUCUGCUGAGCUCGACUUUUAGAUGCCAUUUUCUCAAACAGAUGCUGGAAAUCCCCCAGCACACACACCCCACCCCCGCUUUUUUUUCCCCCCUGCAUGACUAGCUCAUAAGAUGGAAUCUAAGGGGAGAAUUAUCAAGACUUUUUCACUUUUUAAAAAAAUAUCUGCAACUUAUCUUUGGCUUUUAUCUGAGAGCAAACUUGGUGGUGUGCAUCUCCUCCAGUGUGUACUCCUGUGGAAUCUGCAGACGCUGCUGUGACAUCCCCUUCCUGUCUGGGCUGUUUGUACAAUUGUAUAUAAAUGUAGCAAUAAAUAUAUUCUAACAUCA